GGGUUCAGACUUGCUUCGCUUUCAUGAGGGUUCAGACUUGCUUCGCUUUCAUAGGAGUUCAGACUUGCUUCGCUUUCAUGGAGGUUCUGAUUUGCUUCGCUUUCAUGAGAGUUCUGAUUUGUUUUGCUUUCAUGGAGGUUCAGACUUGCUUCACUUUCAUGAGA